CCCUAGGUUUGGUGAUUAAGAAGAAGAAGACACAAUUGCUUGCUUUUAUGGAAUCAGUGAGCAAUUCAGAUUCUACCAAACAACAAAUGCAAAUGCAAUUGUCAGUUGUUGGCUCUGAAGCUGCAGCACACUCAUCAGGUGCAACUGAUCAAUCACCUUCUCCAGAUUCUUGCGUAAGUCAGGGAUUUGAAGGAAACAGAAACUUGCAAAUCUCCGACGGUUUCUCGACUCGACUGGCAAUCACAGCACAAGGUUGUCACACUGCUCAUGGAAGCAGCACAGUAGGUUCCUCCAGUGGCAAUUCUGCCCCACGGAACAGGCAAUUCUGGAGUGCUGGGGAGUAUGAAGAUCUACCAAACACUGGACUAGCACACCGCAGUGAUGGUCGAAACCGUCUGUGUGUCCAUCCAAAGUUUCUGCAUUCGAAUGCUACUUCACACAAAUGGGCCUUUGGAGCAAUAGCAGAACUUCUCGAUAACGCAGUCGAUGAGAUACAGAAUGGAGCUACCUUUGUCAAAGUGGAUAAGUUUAUUAGUCCACAUACAGGCAGCCUAGCAUUGCUAGUUCAAGAUGAUGGUGGCGGAAUGGACCCAGAAUUCUUGCGGCGUUGCAUGAGCUUUGGUUUUUCGGAUAAACAAGCUUCUUCAAACAUUGGACAAUAUGGAAAUGGCUUCAAGACUAGCACAAUGAGACUUGGAGCAGAUGUGAUUGUUUUCACUCGCAACAAGAAGGGAAGUGAGCUGACUCAAAGUGUUGGUCUCCUAUCAUACACAUUCCUGAGGCAAGAAGGUUACAACGACAUCGUAGUCCCAGCAGUGGAUUACUCCUUGGAUUCCUCCCGCGGUGUAUUAACUAGAAUACAUCGCAAAGAUCGAGGACAAUUCUUUUCCAAUUUAUCAGUGAUGCUGAAAUGGUCUCCUUUCCCCACAGAAUCUGAGUUGCUGAAGAAUUUCAACGAUAUCGGGGCUCAUGGCACUAAAAUAAUCAUAUACAAUCUGUGGUACAAUGACGCAGGGGAUACUGAACUUGAUUUCGAGUCUGAUGAAAAGGAUAUAUUAAUAAGUGGGGCUCCAAAGAAAGCAGCUACGCGUAACGUCCUUGUGCAGGUUACACAGAGCCAUAUCGCAAAGACACUUCGCUACUCUCUUCGAGUAUACUGCUCAAUUCUGUAUCUGCAUGUACCUGGUGACUUUAAGAUCAUCUUGCGUGGUUCAGAGGUCAAGCACCAUUACAUAGCUAGAGAUCUCAAAUACUGCGAAUGCGUCAAGUAUCGACCACAAGUUGGUGGAAAGAUAGAGGGUGAGGUUGUCACCACAAUUGGAUUUUUGAAAGAAGCUCCAUUUGUCGAUAUUCAUGGAUUCAAUAUAUAUUAUAAGAACCGUUUAAUCUUGCCCUUUCAUCGAGUGGCAUCUCAGUCGGGAAGCAAAAGUCGAGGUGUUGUCGGUGUACUUGAAGCAAACUUUAUCAAACCUACACAUGAUAAGCAAGGUUUUGAAAGAUCAAAUCUUUAUCAAAAGCUUGAAGUUAGAUUGAGAGAAAUGACAAAUGAAUAUUGGGGGUGUUAUUCCCAUCUGAUUGGUUAUACAAAGAAAGUUUCUGAUUCAUCAACACCUCAAGCUGCCAUUGCCCAUCCAUUGCCAUUCUCUUCUUCCUCCGGUUGCGACAUUAAGCCCGUCGCGGUUAACCCUCAAAUGUUAACAGACAACACUAGCAAAUCCUCUCAAUCAUCAACAAUUACUCCAAAUAUGUCUUUAAUUAAUGAUCCCAACACAUUCAACCAUGGACAAGCUAUCACCAAGCAGAUUGCAAGUCCAGUACAAGUUAGAAUGAAAAGAGAGAGGAGACAUGAAGAGUCUCUUGCUGAAACUGAACCUCUUCAAAAGCAGGCACGUUGUAGUAGCACUGGGACAGAAGUUGAGCUACAUAAUUGUGUUGGACAGCGACAAGUUGUGGAUAUAAAAGCCUUGAUGCAACAGAAUAAGGAAAUAGAGAAAGACUGCUUAGAGCAUGAAAAGAUACAGAGGGAGCUCUUGUUCAAGAUUCAGGCGCUCAAGCAUGAGCUUGAGCAAGUUCAGCAACAGCACGAGAGAUUGUUCAGCGGACUCCUAGUUAGCAAUGCCAUGAAGACGGAGAAAGUAUGAAGUUUGAGACCACACCUCCUCGUGAUAGCAAAUUCGAAUUUACGAGAACCGGUACAUAGUAGAUUAGACCACUAGUUCAAAGAAAAAAUGGAAAAAAUAGUGUUGUAAAUGUAUAUGUAUCACUCACAAUUUGUGUACUUAGGUUAGUCGUAUUCCGAAAAGUUCUAUUUCGGGUAAUCGACUACGAGAGUAUAGUCUUUUGCCGGAGCUUCUUUGAGGUUUAGAUUAGUAAGGAAUGUAAGAAUGAAAUUGGAGAUGAGAAUUGAAUUGUUAUUGAAUCA